AGUAUGAUUUUAGUGCGCAACGUUGACGGACGCGACGCUACGCGAAGCUAAGCCAAGACAAGCCAAGCGCAUUUACAACAAUAACGAUAAACGACAAUAUCGCGCUCGUUGCCCACUUGUGUGUGUUCCGUACACAUAAUUGUGUUAGUGAUUGUGUUAAGCGCGUAACGGUACUUGCAUUCAAUUUCAGAUGUGCGUGCGAAACAUUUAGACAGUGCACGCCUUAAAGUAUGCAACACCAAGUAAAAUUUGUGGACAUCGUCGUAGUCCAUGGGGAGGCGAGUGCAGCCAGCGCUGCAAUGGAAAAUGCAUUUUGCCACUCAGCCGAGGGCUGAACAAAUUGUUGCGCGUAAAUAUUUAAGAGACGCAAUGAAUUGCCAUUGAAACAAAGAUAAAGAGCGCAUUUUCGCACACAGAUAAAGAAUAUGCGUGGCGCCCCUACGCUGCCCCGCCCCAUUCCGCAGAAAGAACAAACUACUAUGCAACUGCAACUAGCGCGCGCGUAAACAUUGACAAAAGCAAACCAAACAGCAUUCCAACAAAGUAUAAAAAAUAAUAAUAGCGCAAAUAUUAAACAGUCAAGGAGAAGCAAGAGCGAGUGAGAGAACAGAAGGAAAGAAAUAAAAACGAAUGCAUAAACAAAUAAAAAUGAAAAUUAAAAUAUUUCCGCUGACAGCGGAUGCAACAGCAGCAGCAGCAACAGCAGCAACAGCAAUGAAACAGCAACGGAAACAUAAAAUGCCGGAAAUAUGCUCAUGGCUAAUUGUUGCCGCUGCCGCCGUCUCGGCCAGUUGGUUGACCCUUUCGCGGUCUCUGGUCGCCGCACAGGACGCCCACGAUGUGGACAGCGAGAUGCAUCAGCAUCAUUUGGAUCUGUUGCACCAUCAGCAGCAGCAGCAGCAUUCCGAUUUCAUUAUCGGCGAGUCCGAGGAGCGGGAUCACAUAGCCCAUCAUCUGGCGGAAAUGCAAAAUCAUGAGGAGCUGCUGGAAGAUAUACGCGAGGACACCGUUGUCAACGUGAUACCCGAGAAAGUUUUCUCGUUAGAGCAUACACUAUUCGAUUUGCCCAAGUUUGGAGAACUCCUGCAGAACGUCACCGUGCCAGUUGGUCGUGAGGCUGUGCUUCAGUGUGUCGUUGACAAUUUGCAAACGUAUAAGAUUGCGUGGCUACGUGUCGAUACACAGACGAUUUUAACGAUACAAAAUCACGUCAUAACCAAAAAUCAUCGCAUGAGCAUUACUCACGCCGAGAAACGUGCUUGGAUACUGCGUAUACGUGAUGUCAAGGAGUCCGACAAAGGAUGGUAUAUGUGCCAAAUAAACACGGAUCCGAUGAAGAGUCAAGUCGGCUAUUUGGAUGUUGUCGUGCCACCAGACAUACUGGACUAUCCCACCAGCACGGACAUGGUCAUACGCGAGGGGUCAAACGUAACCCUCAAGUGCGCCGCGACCGGGUCACCAACGCCAACGAUAACCUGGCGACGCGAAGGUGGCGAGCUGAUACCACUACCCAAUGGAGCUGAGGCUAUCGCAUACAAUGGCUCGUUUCUGACCAUCGCCAAAGUGAAUCGCUUGAAUAUGGGCGCCUAUCUCUGCAUUGCCUCCAAUGGCAUACCGCCAACAGUUAGCAAACGCGUCAUGCUCAUUGUGCACUUUCCGCCAAUGAUUUGGAUACAAAAUCAAUUAGUUGGCGCCGCUUUGGCACAGAACAUUUCUCUCGAAUGCCAAUCGGAGGCUUAUCCCAAGUCCAUCAAUUAUUGGAUGAAGAAUGAUACAAUUAUUGUGCCUGGUGAACGCUUUGUGCCAGAAACCUUCGAGUCGGGCUAUAAAAUAACAAUGCGUCUGACCAUCUACGACGUUGACAUUUCCGACUUUGGUGCCUAUCGCUGUGUGGCCAAGAAUUCGCUGGGCGACACAGAUGGUGCGAUCAAAUUGUAUCAUAUUCCGCAAACAACAACAAUUACAACGAUGGCGCCCACUGUAUCGAUCAACACUGUACCUGUCUUUAACGUCAAGUACAACAAGGAGCAACGCUACAGCAGCAACAGCAAUUCGAACAGCAAUAAUCCCUACAACUACAACAACAGUCCACAGAACAGCAACAGCAAGUCGCAGCGCAACAAGGGCAAAUCCUUGGAUCAGGCGCCAUCGACACUGAACAAUGUGUACAUGGGCGCCACGUCGAGCUUGUGGAACUCACAGGAUCAUCACUCGCCGGGCACAAGCCGUGGCAGAGAUCAUCACCAGCACCAGCAGCAGCAGCAGCAGCAUCAGCAACACCAGCAGCAGCAGCAUCUGGUGCCCGAUCAUGGCGCCACCUAUCGGUCGGACGGCAAGAAUACGCCCUUGAAGCACGACGCCAAAUCGCUGACCGACGAAAUGGAUCGCAUGCAGGACCUCAAAAGCUCAGCCGCUGUGCACAUACACAACAUAUUACACUCGUUGAUUAUCGUUGUCUACCUGGGGGCGUGGCAGGCCUAAGAACUUAACCGAGAAAUUAAGUAGUAAUCUGUACAAAAUAAUAAAACAGUUCGUAGAUCUAAGCUAAAUCAGUUGUAAGCAAUUAAUUCGAGAGAGAUUCGAUCGAGAGCUAAAUGUAAAAAGUUGUUGUUGCUUAGCGCGUAAGUUGAAAAGGGUUUUUGUACACACACACACACACACCCAGGCACACAUAGACACCCACAUAAUGCAGACAGGCUUAUAAACAUACAACGGAACUACAAAGUAUUAGCAUGUAAAAUUGAAGCGAUUCGCAAAUUUGAAAAAAAAAGGACAUCCUAGAGCUUAGGAUUGACGUGUGUUGUAUUAGGCAGAGCAGCUAAUGAACUACAACUAAAAACAAAAAACAAGAAACAAAAAAAGAACAACUCUAAGCUACAUUUAAAUCUAGGCUUAAGUCAAAUGGUCGAGUGGAGAGCAUCCAACCUUCGUAUGAAUCGUUGCGAAAGUGAAGGCAAAAAACAAAACAAAAAAAUAAAAGAAAAAGGACAAGGAAAACCAUUUACUUUAGACUCAUUUGGGCUUCUCUUUCGUGCACCGCUACAUGUUUAUAAAUAAUUAUAAAUCUAUAUAUAAAUACAUAUAUAUAUGCAUAUAUAUAAAUAUAUUGUAAUUGAUUUCUUUGAUUUAACAACAUGGAAAUAAAAUGCCGUCUUCAAUUAUUUCAACUUUGA